AUGGGUUGCUGCGCCAGCAAGUGCAAGCCCAGGAAGCCGAAUUUCGCCGCCGCCGCAGAAGAAUUCCGCUAUGUCCAGGACAAGCUCGUCGUCUCCCAACAACCUCCCAUCGCCUAUCACCACCAUCACUCCAACAGAAUCUCCCCCAUCUUCCCUCUUUCACCCACUGCUUCUUCUUCUUCCGCUACCUCGACCACGACCACGACCAGCAACAGUAGCUCUGGCUCCUCCGCCUUAACAUCGAAAGAUCGCUCAUUUUCCAACGAGUUUCUGUGGUCUUGCCUCAAGGAGAAUCCCCACGUGAUCUAUUUGAAUUCCAUCAAGGAAUGCGCCAAUAAGCUGCCAGAGUCCCCUGUUCCGAAACAGGGGAAAAAACAGAGUGUAAGGGGAUGCUCAACCGCCACGCCGCAAAAAAGGGUCCGGUCUAGCUCGCCGGCUCCUCCAUUAACCAGACAGAAGUCCUUCCGGAUAGAGGAGGGACACGCCGGAAGUAGAAUGGUGAUGCGGUCGCCAUCUCCGAGCAGGAGGUUCGGGAAUGCAGAGUACUUGGACAGGGGAAUCCAGACGAUUACGGGCGAGGAGAUGUUUUCGAAGCCGAUUGUGCGAAAUCGUCAGGCGAGUGCGGCCAGCUUGAUGUCUCCAUAUGUGGAGAGGGGCGAGGUUUUGAAACCGGCGGCGAGUAGUUGUUUGAAGAGGAACAAAGAGACAUGUAUUCACCGUAUUACCUCCAAGAUCGACGAGUUGGCAGUUGCGGAAGCGAUGGCUCGGCAUGAAGGCCAGAGUGAUGCAGUGGAAGACAUUGAUAACCCUCUCAUUUCCUUAGAUUGCUUCAUUUUUAUCUGA